AUGGAUCAGAAAGAAGCAAGGGGCGAGGGGGCCUCAGACCUUCUGGACAAGGCAGGUUCACCAGACCAAGAAGGCUUCUUCAACCUGCUGAGCCACGUACAGGGCGAUCGGAUGGAGGAGCAACGCUGUUCCUUGCAGACUGGUCCGGGCCAGACCCCAGAAAGCCAGGGUGGCUCUGCUCCAGAGAUGGAUAACCUCAUGGAUAUGCUGGCAGACACCCAGGGCCGCCGCAUGGAUGAUCAGCGGGUAACAGUCAAUUCCCUGCCUGGCUUCCAACCUAUCGGUCCCAAGGAUGGAAUGCAGAAACGACCUGGGACCCUCAGCCCUCAACCCCUGCUCACCCCUCAGGACCCUGCUGCACUCAGCUUCCGCAGGAACAGCAGCCCCCAACCCCAGACACAAGCUCCUUGA